UGCACAUGCGUUAUCCUCCAUAGAUUCUAGUGCAUUGUAAUGGAUUUGGGAGGUCCAAUAAGAUGGCAACAUUUGACAUCCCAAAGGGCAGCAGAUCCUUUGGGGCAGUUCUGCAACGAGGACACCAACAUAGGUAGCAAUAGCAAGAUAUCUGCAAACAUUGAUAAUUUGUUGGCUGAAGUGGUCACAAAAGCUGCCUCAACUGCGUAUAUUGCUACCUCCUACGGGAAUGAUCCUGAUAAAGUCUAUGGCCUGGCUCAGUGCAGAGGAGAUGUAAGCAGUAAAGACUGUUACAGUUGCAUACAAGAUGCGCGGCAAAGCAAAUCCGUGAACGUUGUCCUAACCAGGCUGAUGCAAGGAUAUGACUUCAAUCGUCAACUUGGAGAUCUGAUGGAUAAAAUUAGAUCUGAAGCUGUGAUGCCUGAGAAUGAAGGGCUUGGGAAAGGCAAGACUAAACUUUCACCAUUUGUGACCCUUUAUGCAUUGGUACAAUGCACUAGGGAUCUGUCUCAGAUAGAUUGUGCUCAGUGCUUGGCUAUUGCAGUUGGGAAUUUCCCAAACUUCUGCAACAACCGCAAAGGAUGCCGCGUCCUGUAUAGUAGUUGUUAUGUCCGGUAUGAGCUCUAUCCAUUUUUCUUCCCAAUAGAUUCAAAUAAUACUUCACCUGUAACUUCAGAGGUGAUGGUUUUGUAUCCAUAGAUUUGAAAAGCAGAAUGCUAUAUAUCUCAAAUGAGUUUUUCUACAUUAUUCAUGAUGAGCUAAUCUCAUUUUAAUAAGAGCAUUAGUCAAUU